CGUGCCUGGGCUGGAUGGAGGGGCCGCUCCCGGGGCGCGUCUCUGCUCGCGUGUGGGCCCUCGCCGCCUCGGGCUGUGACUCUGCCUCUCCCGCGGGGUGGGGUGGUUUGGUUUCCUUCUUCUCCCCACCCCUUUCUCCCUCCUCCAUCCUCUUCCCCCCUCCCAGCCCCAUUCACUGGGCUGGAGCGAGACCUCGCCCCUCCUCUGCUCCCGCCUCCCCCGCCGCCGCCUCUUCUAAUGAGCAUAUCUGCUUUGCUUUCAAUGGGCCGGUGCUGCUGUCGCUGCUGCUGCCCGCGCGGGUUGUGGAUGUUGUCGGCUCCGUGUUGUGAUGACAGGAGAAUGUGUGUGUGUCCCGGGCCCAGACGAAUUGGAAUCCCAGUCAGAAGUUCUGGCCUGCCACUCAUCUCUGAUGCGAUGCCAGCACCAACUCAACUGCUUUUUCCUCUGAUCCGUAACUGUGAACUGAGCAGAAUCUAUGGCACUGCAUGUUACUGCCACCAUAAACAUCUCUGCUGUUCAUCUCCUUACCUUCCUCAGAGUCGCCUGAGAUACACACCCCACCCUGCAUAUGCUACCUUUUGCCGGCCAAAGGAGAACUGGUGGCAGUACAGCCAAGGAAGGAGAUAUGCUUCCACACCGCAGAAAUUUUACCUCACUCCUCCUCAAGUCAACAGCAUCCUGAAAGCUAAUGAAUAUAGUUUCAAAGUGCCAGAAUUUGAUGGCAAAAAUGUCAGUUCUGUCCUUGGAUUUGACAGCAAUCAGCUGCCUGCAAAUGCACCCAUCGAGGACCGGAGAAGUGCGGCAACCUGCUUGCAGACCAGAGGGAUGCUUUUGGGGGUUUUUGACGGCCAUGCAGGCUGUGCUUGUUCCCAGGCAGUCAGUGAAAGGCUCUUUUAUUAUAUUGCUGUCUCUUUGUUACCCCAUGAGACUUUGCUAGAGAUUGAAAAUGCAGUGGAGAGUGGUCGGGCACUGCUACCCAUUCUCCAGUGGCACAAGCACCCCAAUGAUUACUUCAGUAAGGAGGCGUCCAAAUUGUAUUUUAACAGCCUGAGGACUUACUGGCAGGAGCUUAUAGACCUCAACACUGGGGAGUCACCUGAUAUUGAUGUUAAGGAGGCUUUAAUUAAUGCUUUCAAGAGGCUUGAUAAUGACAUUUCCUUGGAGGCUCAAGUUGGCGAUCCCAAUUCUUUCCUCAACUACCUGGUGCUUCGAGUGGCAUUUUCUGGGGCCACUGCUUGUGUGGCCCAUGUGGAUGGUGUUGACCUUCAUGUGGCCAAUACCGGUGAUAGCAGAGCCAUGCUGGGUGUGCAGGAAGAGGACGGCUCUUGGUCGGCAGUCACUCUCUCUAACGACCACAAUGCUCAGAAUGAAAGAGAACUGGAACGGCUGAAAUUGGAACACCCGAAGAAUGAGGCCAAGAGUGUGGUGAAACAAGAUCGGCUGCUUGGCUUGCUGAUGCCUUUUAGGGCUUUUGGAGAUGUCAAGUUCAAAUGGAGCAUUGACCUUCAAAAGAGAGUGAUAGAAUCUGGCCCAGACCAGUUGAAUGACAAUGAAUAUACCAAGUUUAUCCCUCCUAAUUAUUACACACCUCCUUAUCUCACUGCUGAGCCAGAGGUAACUUACCACCGAUUAAGGCCACAGGAUAAGUUUCUGGUGUUGGCUACUGAUGGGUUGUGGGAGACAAUGCAUAGGCAGGAUGUGGUCAGGAUUGUGGGUGAGUACCUAACAGGCAUGCAUCACCAACAGCCGAUAGCUGUUGGUGGCUACAAGGUGACUUUGGGACAGAUGCAUGGCCUUUUAACAGAAAGGAGAGCCAAGAUGUCCUCGGUAUUUGAGGAUCAGAAUGCAGCAACCCAUCUCAUUCGCCACGCUGUGGGCAACAAUGAGUUUGGGGCUGUUGAUCACGAGCGCCUCUCCAAAAUGCUUAGUCUUCCUGAAGAACUUGCUCGGAUGUACAGAGAUGACAUUACAAUCAUUGUAGUUCAGUUCAAUUCUCAUGUUGUAGGGGCCUAUCAAAACCAGGAAUAGUGGGUGGAUCUUACCCUGGCAAUUCUCAAAUGAAAUAGAUGUAAAGGGCAGAUAGAUUUUUAAAAGGCACUAAUACAGUAAACAUUUCCAGUGGGUCAUUCUGAGCAUUUACCCAUUUGAUACUCUAGCUUGUCAAGUGCUCCAGAUAGACUUUGCAGCAGGGUGGUGUGAUCACAGGAGUCUCCUGCCUAGCUCGGAUCUCGCGACGCCUGCACUUGAGGCAAGUCAGCUCCUUGUUGCAGAUGUCUUGUGACAUUGGCUUCUUUUAUCCACCUGAGAAAAUCAGAAUGACCUGGCAAAUAGAAUCUCGAACGGGCCGAAAUGCUGGACGUAUUCUUUCGGUAAAAGGGAAGAAACGCUACUGUUCACACCUGCAGACCCUUUUUGUCACUAAGAUUCCAGUGUACCUGAGAACAUUUAUUUAUUGCAUGAUUUCCUAGAUAUACAAUCUAUGCAUUAUUCAUAUAAAUUUAUUUAACCUGAAGUGGUUUUCAAAUCCAGUACUUUAAGCCAUAAAUGACAGAGAACUAAGCAA